GCUUUAAGGGCGCUGCCCGGGCCGGUCCCGGGGCGAAGUCCGCGGGCCCGGUGCUGGCGGCGGGGCCGGGAUGCAGCUCCCGGCGGGCCCGGCCGCGCUGGCCGCCCCCCUGCUCGCCCUCCCGGUGGCCUUCGGUGUCAGCGCCGUCACCUCCCUGGACCGCCCCCCGGCACCGGCCCUGGCGCUGCUCCUGCUGCUCCUCGGCCUCGCCUCCCUCCUCAUCCUCACCGGCAGCAUCGGCCUCGUCCAGGACCCCCUGUUCUGCGUGUUCGUGCUGUUCUCCGCCGUGUCGUUGGUGGAUUUGCUGAUCGCGCUGGAGGAGGACGGGAUCAUCUCGGGCAUCGCGGAGCUCUACGUGCGGGAGGGCGAUCCCCACCUGCGCACGGCUCACGGGCUCCUCACCUGCUACUGGGACGGCGCCGUGCACGGCGGGCUGGGGCUGGCCAUGGCCGGGGCCGCGGGGCGCAGGAAGAGCUGCCGGGGGCUGGGGCUCUUCUGGCUGGGCUCGCUGCUGAUGAGCGCCGUGGUUUUCCUGCUGGGCAGCCUGAUCGGGAAAUACAGCCCCGAGCUGAGCCCGUCCUUCCUCUUCAACCUGCCCUACCUCCUCCUCCUCGCCUGGACCGGCCCCCGGCUCUUCCAGCAGCCCCGGGCGCUGCCGAGCCUCAGCCCCGAGCAGAUUGCAGAGGAGCAGCGCAAACCCCUCUACCGCCGGCCCCAGGACCUGCUCCUCAUCCUCAUCCUCAUCCUCACCGCUGCCUUCACCUUCUUCAGGGGGCUGGUGGUCCUGGACUGCCCGGCCGAUUCCUGCUUUGACUACACCUACCUGCAGGAGCCCUACCUGCGCGACCCCGUGGGCUACCCCAAGGUGCAGAUGCUGAUCUACCUGUUCUACCUGCUGCCCUUCCUCCUCCUCGCCGCCUACGGCCUGGCCCGGCCCGGCUGCUCCUGGCUGCCCGACUGGAGCCUGCUGGUCGCCGGCGGCGUGGCGCAGGCCCAGUUCGCCCACCUGGGCUCCUCGCUGCACCCCCGCACGCCGUUCCCGUACCGGACCCCCGAGGAGGCGCUCGGGACGUUCCUUCUCUCCAACGCGCUCUACGCGCUGGGCCCGCAGCUCCUGGCGCUGCGCUGCCUGCGCUCCCCGGCCUUCUUCCUGCGGCCCUCCGCCGCCGCCAAAAAACACCACUGAGGGGUCCUGGUGUCCCCUCCCGGGGCUGCUGUCCCCAUCCCGGGGCUGCUGUCACCUCCCCGGGGCUGCUGUCCCCAUCC